GUCGUUGCAUCUCGCCGGAUUCCCGUUUACCGUUUUGCCCAGGAAUUUCCCUGUUUACAGCUGUUUAGACACGAAUCAAGAUGAAAGUUAAGGAGCUACUGAAGACAGUGAAUGUAGCAUGGUCUCCACCAACUCAACAUCCCAUCAUGCUGGCUGCUGGGACAGCGGCACAGCAGUUAGAUGCCAGUUUCAGUACUUCUGCCAGUUUAGAUCUGUAUUCGUUGAAUUUACAGCAGCCUGGAUAUGAAAUGGAGCUCCAGGCUAGUGUUCCUAGUGAUCAUAGAUUUCACAAAAUUAUCUGGGGCUCCUAUGGAAAUAAUCCAGCAGGCAUAAUUGUUGGCGGUUGUGAGGAUGGAACCAUAAAAAUCUAUUCUGCUGCAAAGUUAUUGGCUAGAGACAGUAACUGCCUAAUAAACAGUCCUCGUAGGCACACUGGUCCUGUCAGAGCAAUGGAUUUUAAUCCCUUUCAAGAAGAAAAUCAAUUGGCUACAGGUGCUACAGAAAGUGAGAUCUAUAUUUGGGAUAUUAAUACAAACACGCCAACAACCCUCUCUAGAAGCCAGCAGUCAGAAGAUGUUCAACAUAUUGCCUGGAACAAACAAGUACAUUUAAAAGACAUUCUUGUUUCCACAUUUUCACAAUACUGUAUUAUAUGGAAUGUGAAAGAAAAAAAACCAUUAUUCAAACUAGCGGAUACAAAUUCAAGGGUACGCUGGAAAGCUGCUCAAUGGCAUCCAGAUAUUGGAACACAAUUAUGCUUGGCAUCUGAAGAUGAUCAAACACCUAUCAUUGAACUAUGGGAUGUAAGAGUUCCAACGUCGCCUUUAAAAACUCUACAAGGUCAUCAGCGUGGUGUUCUUUCAAUCGCAUGGAAUCCACAGGAUGCUGAUUUACUCCUGAGUUGUGCCAAGGAUAACAGAAUAUUGUGUUGGAAUCCCAAUUCAAAUGCAUUGAAUGGUGAGGUGAUAUGUGAAUUAGCCCAAACAGCUCAAUGGAACUUUGAUGUGUCUUGGUGCCCAAGGAAUCCAGGUUUAAUUGUUGGCAGUAGCUUUGAUGGGCAUGCUGUUGUCUAUUCUUUAUUAGGUGGACAACAGCAAGAAACAUCUAACAAAAUAGGGGAUUCAUUCCCAGGAAUAGAUCCUUUCACCCAAUCUACAAUACAGACAGGAACAGCAGCAGUAUUAACAAAAGCUCCUAAAUGGUUAAAAAGGCCGUUUGGAGCAUCAUUUGGAUUUGGUGGUAAAUUAGUAAUUUUCGAGAAUCAGCCUGCUGAUCCGAAUUUAAACAAAAAAGCGAAUAGGAAAGUUAUUAUAUCACAAGUAAUUGUACAACCCAAUCUUAUUCAACGUUCCAACAAAUUAAAAACAACACUGGAAACUGAGCAAUUCAACGAGUUUUGUAAGGAAAAGAUGGAUAAGUCUCCAGAUGAACAUACCAAAAAAGUCUGGAAAUGUGUAGGUGCUUACUUUGAUGAAAAUGUGACAAAAAGUAUAUUGGAGAUAUUGGGCUACAAUACUGAGAUAAUGAAUAAUAAGCUGAAUCAGUUUGUGCCUCAAGAUGAUAUAAACAACAUUAUAGAAGGUGUCUCUAAUCUCAAUAAUGUAAUAAAUGGAAAUGUGGUCGGCAAUUCUGUAUUUGAUACUAUAGCACAAGAGCAAAAUAAAAAAGUAUCGUCAAAUAAGCCUGCAGAUAGUAAUUAUAUCAUAAAUACUUCAGAUGAUGAAGAUGGUCUUAUCACUCAAGCCAUUCUCUUAGGAAAUAUUGAAGCCGCUGUAUCUUUAUGUUUUGCUAGUAAAAGAUACGCCGACGCUAUAAUUCUUUCGAUGGCCGCUGGUCCCGAACUACUAGCACGUACCCAAUAUAGGUACUUUUUACAGCACUCUAGUGCAUUAAAUUCUCUCAUCAAUUCAUUAGUUAGUGAAAAUUGGGCAGAAGUUGUUAAGAACAGUGAUAUAAAAUGUUGGAAGGAAGCAUUAAUUGGUAUAUUUACACAUUCCACUACACAGGAACGAUCUAUCUUGUGCGAUAUACUUGGCGAUCGCUUGAUGUCAUGCGAAAAUCCCAUUCUUAAAAAGCAAGCACAAAUUUGUUACAUUUGCUCCGGUAAUUUGAAUAAACUGAUUGAAGUGUCCGAUGGUGAUAUUCAAGAAAUGGUAGAACUGGUAGUAAUAAUGCAGAAAGCUUUGGAACUUCAAGGUAUCAGGGAAGUGCAGCUAGAAGACAAAAUUGCUACAGUGUUGUCUCAAUACGCUGAGAUGCUGGCAGCAGAAGGCGAUUUAGAGGCUGCCUUAAACUAUCUUGGGAAUAGUCAAGAUCAAAGAGUUUCAAUGCUGAGAGAUCGUUUAUGCAAAGCUUUAAAUUACAUACAAGAACAGAGGCAUGUUACAAAACCUGCUCAGAAUUACUAUUAUGAACAGACACGAAGAGUGUCACAAGGUCCAUGUAAUCCACUGCAGCAACCAUUACAACAAACAACACCAGUACAGAGCUGGAACACAAAUCCACUGAAACAAUCUUACGGAGCUCCUACAAAUCAGUUUAACACACAGCAAUCUCAAUUAUAUGGAAUGCCUCCUCCUCCUCCUCCUCCUCAAUCUCAAGUGCAAUCUACAAUUUACGAUCAAUAUUCACACUCGUACAAUCAAAUCCCAUCGCAGCCUCCUAUAGCGCAACCUCUUCCUCCGCCUCCACCAACAUCCGGUUCCAAUUUGAGUGGCUCGAGACCGUCCAGUGUCGGACCACAAUCGAGAACAAAAUAUCUGAUAGAUCCAUCUGUAAAAUCUACUCCAUCAUAUGGUCAGAAUACUUUCCCGUCGUCAAAUCCAUUAUAUAAUUCUCAGCAAAUCUCACCUAUCCCUGGCUAUCCUCAGCAAAUCUCACCUAUCCCUGGCUAUCCUCAGCAAAAUUCAUAUCAACCUCAGAUUCCUAUACCGAGUAACAACUAUCCCAACCAACCGCCAAAUUUUAUGAAUAAUCCUAAAGAACCAGAAUCAUAUAAGCUGCUUCAGCCAAGUAUAAUGUCGCCAUUGCAAAAUGUACCACAAACUCAAAUGUACGAUCCUAUUAGAUCGCAACCUACUUCACAAAUGCAGACAUAUGGGAACGAAAAUACAUAUCAAUUACCGCCACAACCGUCUGGAUGGAACGAUCCACCUAUAGCAAAAAGUUCCAGAACACAGCCAGUACUGGCACUAUACAACGAAAUGUCUGCGGAACAUUCUGGUACUAAGAAGUGGAAGGCAAAACAUUCAAAGGGUGUAGACGUUAAGCCGAAGAUGGAUUAUCAAUCACAAAAUCCAAUAAUGCAUCCACUGCAAACUAAUCAACCAGAACCAAGUCCAUUACCUCAGGACAAUUUCUAUCAAGAACCUCCUACAGUUUACAAUCCGCAAUUCAGGCAAGGUGUGUCGAAUCCGGUACCACUUAACAAACCAGUUGAACCAUUACAAUCUGUAAUGCCUGCACAGAUUGCAGAACCUGAGAAACCUAAAGCACCUAUACCUGAGCAACAUAUACAUUUAAAAACGAUAUUGGAUGAAUUAAAGAAUCAAUGCUAUGAAAAUGCAAAGAAUCCGCAAAUCAAAAGGAAGAUAGAAGAUGUAUCAAAAAAAUUGGAAGUGCUGUACGAUUGCCUUAGAGAAAAUAAGUUAUCUCAAAAUACAUUGCAAGGUUUACAUCAAAUAUCACAGAUGAUUCAAAAUGGCAAUUAUACCGGCGGACUAGACUUACAUACACAAUUAGUAUCAGGACCAGAUUUUAGUCAAAUAGCUUCCUUUAUGCCUGGGAUAAAAGUAUUACUUCUAAGUGCCCUUCAAUUAAGCGUUUACAUUAGAUAGAAUGCCCAAAAAUCUAAAUUGUUUAUAUAUAUUCAUUAUGAAUUUUUAUAAUUGCAAACAGCCUUAAUGAGAUGAUUAUUUGUUAUAUUAACUUU